AUGGACAACAACAUCAGCAACCCAGCCGAGAACAGGCCCAACCAGCACAACACCAUCCAGUACUCCUCCAGAUUCACUGCAGCUGACCCCUCCAAGCCAGUCCCUCUGGCGCACUUCAUGGGCGCUCGUCGGGACCUCAACGGACCCGUGCUCACCAAACAACGCGUCGACGAGAAGGAGAUCAGGCCGGACGGAUGGGAAUCCGCCGAGAAGAGGUUCCAGCAGGCCCAGUCCAACCCCGGCCUCAGCUCACUCGCCAGCCUCCUCGCCGGCCCUGGUGCCAGCCGAUCGAAUACAGCGAUAUCCAGCCAUGCCGGGAACCUCGCCAAGCGCGCCCUGCCCGGGAUGCCCAAAAACCUUUCCUCUCAGGCUGCCACCUCACACGCCGCCUCAUAUCUCAAGCCAAAGUCGCUGGCCGAUCGCUUGGCACAGCUCGGCGUCUCAAACGAUGUCCAGACAAUCAAGACCAGCAAUAUCACCACUCCUUCCUAUCUGGCUGCUUCCUCGCCAAGGGCAGACAAGUUCCCGAUCGAUCAGCCCAAGCAACAACUACCAGAAGCCCAUGAGCUCGGCCAAAGUGACCUGACCAAGAAAUUCAACCGGAUCACCAAGGCUAGCAGCCCAACCUUCAACACGACCCCUCUGCAAAACUCAUCUGAGGAGAAGCCUGAUGGCAAACAGCAACAGCGUCCACUCAGUCUGCACAUCAACCCCACUCCACGCGCGCUACCACCAACCCCUAACCCUCAACCCAGAAUUACUCCAUCACCUCAGAUCCACCCACCCAAGGAGCCCGUGCGCAGCGUCCGUCCUAAUGAUCUAUCUCAGCCCACCACUGGCCCUUCUUACAAAAGGAACACUCGGCCCCAGUCAGCUCUCCCUCAUGCACCUCACAUAUCCACAGAGGGCGCUGGGGCUACUCUGGGUGUCCCCAAUAAGGCACUUACCGCCUCCCUGUCCCGGCUGGCUGGAUCCAAUAUCGUUGCACAACGUUUGGAGUGGUCCAAGCAGAAAGAGCAGCUUGGUACGAUGGAUGAGUUCGGCAGCCCGCUCCUCGAGGCGUCUCCUAUCAGCACUUCCUCAGCUCUCAACUCACAAAUCCCCUCACCGGUCUUGCCUUCCCAAUCGAUCAACCAAAACCCUGUACUCUCAGAGCAUUCCAAAAACUCGAACGACACCCCGACCGAACCGGCCUCUCGCAGCUCAUCACAAACACGCCUGCAUUCCGUUCACAGAGAAAAUACUGGCCCCAAGCAAACCGAACCAGGCUGCAUUAAGAAGCAGCUCAAUCAAUACAACAAGAGCACCCGAUCCGACGAGGACGAUGACCAGCGAUUCGGGAUCAACAAGCGAAACAAGAAGAAUAUUGGCCAGCUCAGAGGCUCAUCCCCGGACAAGAAAGAGAAUGAGGGCCAUGUCACUCGAACUGCUGCUGUUGCUGCUGAUGUCCAGCCCGGCGUGACUUCCCCCUUGCGCUUGUCUCACAAGAGUCGCGCUCGAACCCCACGCCGGCCCUCCGGCUCGUCACCGACCAAGUGGCGUGCCGAGGCGACCAAGCUCUGUUCUUCGCCCGGCGGUGCACUGGCAAGCCGCCAACUGCCCUCACUCCCAUCUUUCUCGCCCCUGAUGAAGAAGGGCACCAGCGAGCUGGCCGCGGUGUGGGGCACCCAGCUCGCCAACCCGACCAAGAAAGUUAUUGAGCCCGACUCCAUUCCCAAGAAACCUUCCCCGCCUCUGGCAAGUCCUUUGAAUUCUCACAGACCCCUGCCCACCCCUCCUCCUCCCCGAGCUCCCAUUACCCCUGGUCGUCCUAAAACCGCAACCACAACCGACAGUCGCCCCUUGCCCGUCCCUCCCUCGGCUGUUGCCCCCGCCACCACCCCUCUGAGUCCCGAACCUCGCGCCAGAACUCGGCCACUGCCUACCCCUCAACUCAAAGCCGAACCCACUACUCUUCCAAAACCUGCCCAAGACAAGCAGGUAGCUCCGCCUUCCCAGAUUGAUGCGUCCAAGAUAUGGGCUUCGUACGCCGAAAGGCAGCAGAGUUUGGCGGCUCUGGGCCAGGCGGGGAAAGUCGUCCAACUGGAGAUAUUCCAACUGAACCGGAACCAGACGGACGAGUUGAGUACGACGAUGCUCGACACGGACGAGUACGGGACGUUCUACAGCCAAGAGAGUCUGUUGAUCAUCUGCACGAUGAAGGGCUCGCGGAUGGUGUUGAUGGUGUGGCGGGGGCGGGAUGUGGGGACGGAAGAAGACGAUGGGGAGACGGAGGGCCGGAUUGGGCGGCUGUUGAAGAAGUACGGAAUCGAUGGCCAGGCCCGGCUGGUGAUCGUCCACCAGGGCUACGAGCCCCCGGAGCUCGUCCAGGCCUUGGGCGGCAGACUCUUGCUCAGGACCGGCGACCGGUUCGACUCCGUCUACCAGCGCGGCCUCGACGCCGUCCUCACCUGCAAGAGCUUCCCGCUUCCCACUCCACACUCUCACUCUCCUCAUCGGGUCGUCGUCAUCGAGGAACUCUUCCUCAACCAUCCUACUGUUUCUACCGUCCUGUGCACCGGCUACCCUUCCCUGGUCAAGAUCUGCUCCCAACAGCCCCCUAAACUCAGUCUGUUUCUGUGGAAAGGCCGCGCCUCCGAUCCCGUCGAGGUCGACGAAUGCAAGCUCUUGGCCGCCCAAGUCCGCACCGAAUUCGGGGCCUCAAAGACGGAUGUCGAGAUGGUUGAAGAAGGAAACGAGUCGGAGAGGUUCCUAUCGAUGCUAGGAGCCGCCACCAUUGCCCGCUCAUACCAUUGGCGAUACAAAGAGCUGGUCCCGAUGUCCGGCAUGGUCCUCGACAGCCAGGGCACCAGCCUCGCCCGGGUCUCAGGGACAUCCGUGUCGGUGAUCUGGACCGGGCUCGAACUCUUCGUCCUUGUCCCUUCCUCCCCAUCCAGCAACACCUCGCCAUCCCGGGCCGCCGACACCCGGAACGCGCUGCGCCUCGCCCACUCGCUCGCCGUCUCCUCCCUGCCCCCCCUCUUUCACGGCCCCUCGCCGCCGUCAAGCCACCACCACCGCCGCCGCCUCGCCGUCCAUUGUCUCUUCUUCCCGUCUAUCAUCCCGGUCGACUUGCGCGCCUCUGUUAGGUUCUCAGCCGACUUGGACCGUCUUAACGAAGGCUUUCCGAAUCCUCAAGCUAUGAAUGUGUUCAGCCUCGACGAAGCGACUGCCGACCCUUCCUUUUCUGCCCUCUUAUGA